AAUUGAUAGUUCUAGUGAAAAUAGUUAUUUAGUGUUCAUGUUGUUUAUCUACAGCUCACUUGAAUUUGCUCUAGAACGUUAGUCAUCAUGAUGUUCUGGAAGCUGGUUUGAGAAAUAAUUACCAGAAACUCAGUAUCUCCGCCCACCCUUUUGUUUUGUCAGUGAGAGCUCACUGAUUGUCUUCAUGAUGACCAUCAUCUCUCUGCUCCUGCUGGCCUCUCUGCUGCCACACCUGACCUUCACUGCUCGCGUGAAUAAGGGAAUAGUGAAUGGCACAGAAGCAAAACCCCACUCCAGACCUUAUAUGGUUUCUGUUCAAAAGAACUGGCUACAUAUCUGUGGUGGAUUCCUCAUCUCUGAUGAGUUUGUCUUGACUGUCGCUCAUUGUCGAGAUAUAUGUCAGAUUCUGACAGUUGUGGUUGGUGCUCAUGACUUAAGGAAAAGUAAGACUUUGAAGCGCAUUGGAGUGAAGAAGUACAUCCCACAUCCAGACUACAACACCCGUCCUCUUCGGAAUGACAUCAUGCUUUUGAGGCUACAGAAAAAGGUCAAACUAAACAACAAUGUUAGAAGGAUAUCAUUACCGAAGAAAUGUAAGGAUGUCAAGGUACUCUCUGUAGUGUUGCUGGCUGGGGAAAACUUUGGACUGACGGCCCACUGAGCAAUCGUCUAAUGGAGGCAAACGUGUAUAUAAUGAACAACAGAGAAUGUUACAAGAGGUGGGGAGAGAUCUACUACUCAGUCUCACAGAUGAUGUGUACACACGGCUAUGGUGGAUUC